AUGGACGCCACGGAUCUACUUCCGCUGCUUGAGCAGCUGGACGAUAACAUCGAUGACCUUGAAGAGGCCCUGAAGCCUAUCUUGGAUGGCUCUGUCAUAGAGACCUCGAAGAAGCUCCCGGUGCUUGACAAGGCGAAAUUUCAUGUCCUCGUGACUUACGCGCUGGAGUCGCUUUUGUUCUCCUAUCUCCGCCUCCAUGGAGUCAAUGCGAGGGAGCACCCCGUGUUUAGAGAAUUAACCAGAGUCAAGCAGUACUUUGCGAAGAUCACGGCGCUAGAAACCGAGCCGGAGAAGCGUACUCUAACUCUUGACAAGCAGGCGGCCGGUCGGUUCAUCAAGCAUGGUCUUGCUGGAAACGAGAAGAUAGAUCUGGCGCGCAAAGAGCUGGAAGCGAAGGAGAGAGCGCGCGCGCAGCUGAAGGCGUCGCUGCUGGCCAAGAAGGCUGAAGCGACAUCUGAGAAAUCCUCCAAGAACCCGGAGAGCAACUCAGAUUCGGACGACGAGGAGGACGCGAAACCAGCCCCGGUUGCUAAGCCAUCCGACAAAGGCACCUCGGACGACAAAAAGAAGAAGAAGCGCAAGGACAAGAAAAACAAGAAGAACCUGAACCCGGAGGAGCGUCAGGAGGUGAAGAAGGAACGGAGGAAGAAGAAGGGUGAGAUGCGCAAGACGAAGAAUCUGAAAUGA